AAUAAAUAGUGAAGAAUGAUGGAUUUUGUUCUUCUGUGUCGUUCAGGCUCCUGCAUGCUGUUUUUUCAAAGGCUUUCUUUUUUUUCUGAAAAUGAGAUGAACGUAGUGUUGGGGUGGAGACAGAGAACUCUUGAUAAAUGCGGUGGUUCUUGUUCUCCAUCUCACCAGAAACCUGACGGUCAAGAAACAGUCCGAUCACAGAGCAGAAUAAUAAUUAUGAAGUUCAACAGCGCUUUGAGUGUUUCUGCAAUCACACUUCUCUACAUAACAGGUUCGCUCUGCCAGUUAGAUGUAUGUGGUCGAGCCCCUCUCAAUAACAGGAUUGUUGGAGGGGAGAAUGCGACAACAGGGGCUUGGCCGUGGCAGGUCAGCAUUCAUCUCACCUUUCAGGACAUCGACUUCGGCCAUUUCUGUGGCGGGACUCUCAUCAAUAAAGACUGGGUUUUAUCUGCAGCUCACUGCUUCCAGUGGUUCAAUGCAUCUUACACUGUGAUGUACUUUGGUCGUCUGAACCAAUCCGGCUCAAACCCUUAUGAGACAAACAGGACAGCGAGACGAAACAUCAACCAUCCUAACUUUAACAUUUCUAAUCUUGACAACGACAUAGCACUGAUUGAGCUCUCCUCUUCUGUGACUUUCUCUGAUUACAUAAGGCCGGUCUGUCUGGCAGCAGCUGGGAGUGUAUUUGGUGGAGGUACGGAGAGCUGGGUCACUGGAUGGGGCAGACUACAACCUGAUGCCACCCAGCUUCCUGACAUACAGCAGGAGGUGAUGAUACCAAUUGUGAACAACAGUGCCUGUGCUAAUGCUUAUGAAGCGAGAAUUACAAGCAAUAUGAUUUGUGCUGGAUUGUUAAAUCAGGGAGGAAAAGGUGCAUGUCAGCCUGUUGCUUAA